AUGGAAGAAGAGUUCUCGGUGGACAAGAUGCAUGAGCUGGUAGAUGUGAAUGCCAUGCUAGCCCUGGCGCUCUCCGGCACAGCCUCCUCUCUGGCGGGGGCUGCCCUGGCGGCCCGGCAUAACUAUCGCCGCCUCUACCGGCUCAAUGGCCUGUUUAUGGUUGCCUGCGCCGGCUUCAUCACCUGGCGGGACAAGCUCGCGAGCGAUCUGGGGCCCCGCAGGGACACCGACCGAGAGGAGCUCCAGGAGGGUGUGAGCUCAGUAGUCGUCGAUGACGCCGGCCGCGUGAAGCACGUGGCACCCGCCAUGGUAGGACCCCAAUGGGGUCCUGGCAAUCUGCCGCGGACACAGGAGGAUGUGGCAAGGCUGGAGCUGCUGUACACCAGUACUCCCUUCGAGAAGCUGCCGAGGUUCAUCCUCAUGGGCUUCUUGGCCGGCGGCCUGCUGGGCUACUUCGGUGUGGGCCCCACCUGGGUGAUUGCGCCCCUGGUGACGCGGACCUCUCCCGAGUGGGAGCAGAUCGCCUCGCUGGCGCGAGGGAAAGCAAACGACUACGACAGCUUGCUGAGGCAGUUCAUGCCGCUUCCAAAGCAGGAGCCCGUGGAUGAAGGGCCUUCGGAAGGCCCUUUGACUUUUGCCAGCGACCUCAUCACCAGCAUGGGCUGCGACGAUCGGACCCGGAGGACCUGCUCCAUGGCCAUGAUCCUGCCGUGCCUCGCGGCGGCGUGGCGGCACUGGUUGCUGGGCCACGUGGUGGACCCCAACCAGGUGGCCUUCCCUCUGGCGGCAGGUGCCAUUUGCGGCAGCUUCGGUGCGGGGCAAAUGCUGGGCGACAUGCCCCCCGAUGCCGACACGCGGAUGGGCUUGUCCGUCCUCCUCUUUUCCUACGGCAUUUGGUCCAUCUUCAGCCCCAGGUGA